CAGGGAGUGAAAGCCGUGGCUUUAGGCGGCGGGUGCAUCCAAAUCCUCACGGCGAUGGUGCUUGGGGCCCUGCUCUCCACGACGGUUCCGCAGGGUAUCUUCAUUGAUUGUGUGACGUGCGCCCGUAUGCAGGGGCUUUUCUGUCCAUGUCGUCCACCGCGGUCGUGGUAAAAUGCAUGAUGGACGCCAACAUGGCCGGCACGGAACACGGUCAGAUACUACUCGGCACGCUUAUUUUCCAAGACUGCGCUUUGGGGCUCUUGCUAGCCGUCAUGCCGGCACUCGCGGCCAAAGGCAGCAGCUCCUGGACGAUCCUGAUUGCAUUGGCAAGGGAGUGUCUUUUGCUGUCCGGUUUUUGUGCGGUGGCCUGGAUCGCCUCCAAGUUGGUUGUUUCACGGUUGCUUUCGGCUCUCAGCCGCUUGUCGAAGAACAGCUCCGAGUUGUACCAGCUAGGAAUCGUUGGACUUUGUCUGAGUAUAUCCAUGCUAAGUCAAAGCCUCGGGCUCGGGCUUGAAGUUGGCGCUUUCGUCGCGGGUCUCAUGCUAUCAGGUGGAACGUAUAGCGAGAAAACUCUCCACCACGUCGAGCCAAUACGGAAUAUAUUUGCCUCGCUUUUUUUAGCUUCUAUCGGCAUGGUCAUGCACCCCGUAUUUCUCUGGCAGCACAAAGAUAUUCUACUGGGGUCACUCGCGGUUCUGUUCUUCGGCAAAACAUUCUUGAUCGCUAUAGUGGUCUGUGCAUUUGGCUACAGCACUCCUAUAUCUGUGAGCGUUGGCAUUGCUCUCGCACAGAUCGGGGAAUUCUCGUUUGUGCUGCUGAGCCGUGCUCAAGGCCUGGGACUAGUAUCCAGAAAGCUCUACCUCCUCUUGAUGGGUACCAGCGCAUUCAGCCUUGUCCUCACUCCAUUUGCGUUCAAGCUCGUCGCUCGCCUUGUACCCAGGGAGAAGAAAAGCCAGUACGCACUUUUCAACUUACCAGUGCAUGGCUUCGGUUACCACUUGGAAACAGGUGACAAAAAGCAGCACACCGAGGAUAAUCUCGAGGACGAGAAGGACCUUCUCAAUCAACAAAGUAAGCCGAGUGAAGGGAAAGACGCCGAAGAUGCUCGAGAGAAGUUAUUCCCACAAGUCACGUUGCGGAGACCAUUUUCACAAGUGUUUAGUGGACACUGGAGGUGAACAGGUAAGUGUACAUUAACAUCAGAAGCCAGUGGGUAAGGGAUUCUUUUUCCCGUUACAAUAAUCGCCGUUCUCUUCUAGUUUUUUUCUUUUUUUUCUCAGUUUCGGAGUCUUGUUUUCUAUUCUUCUGUAACAAAUUUUUUCAGGCAAUUGUAUAGAGGUUUCAGUUAUUCGA